GGCCACCUGCAGGCCUGGGGCUGGAGGCUCCUGUGGCUACUCCCUGUUCGCGCUGUGCCUGCCACCUGCCGAGGACCGCAGCAUCCUCAGCGCCCAGGCCCAGAGCCACCCCCGCCUUACACCGCCUUGCGCCGCUUUGUUCCCUCCCGCCUUUCUGUUGCGGUUGUCGCGUCCUCAGCUCCCACCGCCCUAUCCCGCUCCCUCAUUCCUGACCCUUCCUCCUCCGCUCCUCGCUCCUCAUCGCCUGCUUCUCAGGCCUCUCUCCCCUUCACUUCUGCCGCUGAGCCCCACACGCUGGCCCUUCCUUGGGCUCCUUCCUCCGCUCCAGACCACACGCACAGCCUCAGCGCUUCUCUUCGCAGCUCCCCCUUGCUCGGCUCUCCUCCCACACACUGAGCUGGCCCAAGUGGAUCUAGGGAUAGGCAUGGAGCACGGCGGAAAAAGAGGGAAAGUAAGUCCUCACGAUCGGCAUGCAGGACCAAGGCCCGAAAGGCAGCCUAACCUUAGGAAUACAGAAAAGAUGGAGGUGAAAGGGAAAAAAAAGAAGAAAGACAUAGACGAACUGAAGAAGGAGGUGGUCAUGGAUGAUCACAAAUUAACCUUGGAAGAGCUGAGCACCAAAUACUCCGUGAGCCUGACACAGGGCCAUAGUCCUGAAAAGGCAAAGGAAAUCCUGAUUCGAGAUGGACACAAUACACUUACACCACCCAAAACCACUCCAGAAUGGAUCAAAUUCUGUAAACAACUGUUCACCGGUUUCUCCCUCCUGCUGUGGAUUGGUUCCAUUCUCUGCUUUGUGGCCUACAGCAUCCAGGUGUAUUUCCAUGAGAAAACUGCCAAAGAUAAUCUGUACCUGGGCAUUGUUCUGGCUGUCGUCGUGGGCAUCACUGGCUGUUUCUCCUAUUACCAGGAGGCCAAGAGCUCCAAGAUCAUGGAGUCUUUUAAGAACAUGGUGCCACAGCAAGCCCUGGUAAUUCGAGGUGGAAAGAAGAUGCAAAUUGAUGUACAAGACGUAGUGGUGGGAGACCUGGUAGAAGUGAAGGCUGGAGACAGAAUCCCUGCUGACCUCCGGCUUAUCUCUGCUCAAGGGUGUAAGGUGGACAACUCAUCCUUGACUGGGGAAUCAGAGCCCCAAUCCCGGUCCCCUGAUUUCACCCAUGAGAACCCUCUGGAGACGAAAAAUAUCUGCUUUUUCUCCACCAACUGUGUGGAAGGAACAGCCCGGGGUGUUGUGAUUGCUACAGGAGACUACACAGUGAUGGGCCGAAUUGCCUCACUGGCAUCAGGCCUGAAAACUGGCAAAACCCCCAUUGGUGUUGAGAUCGAACACUUCAUCCACCUGAUAACCGGGGUGGCCGUCUUCCUUGGCGUCACUUUUUUUGUGCUCUCUCUUGUGUUGGGCUAUGGCUGGCUAGAGGCUGUAAUUUUUCUCAUUGGGAUUAUUGUGGCCAAUGUACCUGAGGGGCUGCUGGCUACUGUCACUGUGUGCCUGACGCUGACAGCCAAGCGCAUGGCGCGGAAGAACUGCCUGGUGAAGAACCUGGAGGCGGUGGAGACGCUGGGCUCCACGUCCACCAUCUGCUCAGACAAGACGGGCACCCUCACCCAGAACCGCAUGACCGUCGCCCACUUAUGGUUCGACGGGACUGUGCACAACGCCGACACCAGCGAGGAAUACACUGAAAAAUUCUCCAAGGGCUCUGAUACCUGGUUCAUCCUGGCCCAGAUUGCAGGUCUCUGCAACCGAGCUGACUUUAAAGCUGAACAGGAGCUCCUGCCCCCAGCUAAGCGGGAAACAACGGGGGAUGCUUCAGAGUCGGCCCUCCUCAAGUUUGUGGAGCAGAGUUUCAGCUCUGUGAAGGAGAUGAGAGAGAAAAACCCAAAAGUGGCAGAGAUUCCCUUUAAUUCUACCAACAAGUAUCAGCUGUCCAUCCACUGUUCGGAGGACAGCUCCCAGGGCCACAUGCUGCUGAUGAAGGGCGCUCCGGAGAGGAUCUUGGAGUUCUGCUCCACCUUCCUCCUGCAUGGGCAGGAGUUCCCAAUGGAUGAUGAAAUGAAGAAUGCCUUCCAGGAUGCCUACUCAGAGCUGGGAGGCCUGGGGGAACGCGUGCUAGGGUUCUGCUUCUUGAAACUUCCAAGCAGCUUCCCAGCAGGAUUCCCCUUUAACACAGAUGAGAUAAAUUUUCCCAUGAGUAACCUGUGUUUUGUGGGCCUCAUAUCCAUGAUUGACCCUCCCCGAGCUGCUGUGCCUUCCGCCGUGAGCAAGUGUCGUAGUGCAGGGAUUAAGGUGAUCAUGGUAACCGGGGACCAUCCCAUUACAGCCAAGGCCAUUGCCAAAGGUGUGGGCAUCAUCUCAGAAGGCACAGAGACAGCAGAGGAUAUUUCUGCCCGGCUUGGCAUCCCUGUCAGCCAGGUCAAUCCCAGGAGUGCCAAAGCCAUUGUGGUGCAUGGCUUAGAGUUAAAGGAUAUGAACUCAGAGCAGCUCAAAGAGAUCCUCCAAAACCACACAGAGAUUGUGUUUGCUCGGACCUCCCCUCAGCAGAAGCUCAUCAUUGUGGAGGGCUGCCAGAAGCUGGGAGCCAUUGUGGCGGUGACGGGGGACGGGGUGAACGACUCCCCUGCACUGAAGAAGGCAGACAUCGGCAUUGCCAUGGGCAUCACUGGCUCUGACGUCUCUAAGCAGGCAGCCGACAUGAUCCUGCUGGAUGACAACUUUGCCUCCAUUGUCACAGGCGUGGAGGAGGGUCGCCUCAUCUUUGACAACCUGAAGAAAUCCAUUGCGUACACCCUGACCAGCAACAUUCCUGAGAUCACUCCCUUCCUGCUUUUCAUCAUCCUUGGUAUCCCCUUGCCUCUGGGCACCAUCACUAUCCUCUGCAUUGACCUGGGCACAGACAUGAUACCUGCUAUCUCCUUGGCUUAUGAGACCCCAGAAAGUGACAUCAUGCAAAGGCAUCCACGAAACCCAAAGACUGAUAAUCUUGUGAACCACCGUCUCAUCGGCAUGGCCUACGGACAGAUUGGGAUGAUCCAGGCUGUGGCUGGGUUCUUCACCUAUUUCGUGGUCAUGGCUGAGAAUGGCUUUAAGCCUCUCGAUCUGCUGGGCAUCCGCCUGAAUUGGGACAAUCACUUCCUCAAUAAUCUGGAGGACAGCUAUGGACAGCAGUGGACCUAUGAGCAGAGAAAGGUGGUGGAGUUCACGUGCCAGACGGCUUUCUUUGUCAGCAUCGUGGUAGUGCAGUGGGCUGAUCUCCUCAUCUGCAAGACCCGCCGCAACUCGUUCUUCACGCAGGGCAUGAAAAACAAGAUCUUAAUAUUUGGGCUCCUGGAGGAGACAUUGUUGGCGAUUUUUCUGUCUUAUACUCCAGGCAUGGACAUAGCCCUGAGAAUGUACCCACUCAGGGUAACCUGGUGGUUCUGCGCCCUCCCCUACAGCAUUGUUAUCUUCUGCUACGAUGAAGUCAGGAAACUAACCAUCCGUAAACGGCCUGGCGGCUGGCUGGAGAAGGAGACAUACUACUAAACCCGGCAGAGGAGCUCCAAGUGAUGGGUGUCACAAGAGCUGGGACUAUGAGUUUGAGACAUCUGAGAGCAAAUGAGUUGGGGGCAAAGACACUAGAUGAAUUGCCCUGGAGGAGAGACACAGGCAAUCCUGAGGCUGGACUGAGGGCAUCUCAGCGGGGAGGUGGGGGGGUUGAAGGGAAGCCCAGCCAGGAGGAGGAUGGUCCUGUUGAAUCCAGUAGCCAGUUCAGACAGUAAAUGUUUGGAAUAGA